ACAUAACAUGGAAGAGGGCAAGUUGCAAUUUGAGGGUUUGCCGACCCAGCCUCUAGGACUUGCGUCCGACCCCUUGCUAACGAUAGCCCUUCAAAAAGGCGAGCCCUUUGUCACAGAGAGAAACUCCUACACAUUUGAAGUUUACCUGACUUCCCCCAUACCGUUGACCAAGUUCGAUAUCGCCACCACUGCCACAAAUAUUGAGCUUCAUGUCCAUCAAGAAGGGUCUCCCAUAGGCUUCAAUUUGUCGCCAUUCAUUGAAGAAGAAGAUCGCAACGGUAUCAGGCACUUCAACAUCGAUUUACAAAAAUACGUCACCAGCCCGAUUUCAAAAUUCUUUGUGACACUUCGUAGUUUUGAAGAACUGAAAAUUUUCAGUUUGGAUGUACACGGCUGCUUCGAGAAAGGCAAGUGCCAACUGCAUAGUGACAUGUAUGAUAAUCAUUUUCUUUAG